GAGGUUGUCGGGGGGCGUAUCGAAUGUAAUAUCUUGAUCGAGGAGAGCUAUAAGCUUAAGAAAUCGAUCAAUGUGAUAGUAACAGAAAAACCGAGGAACGCAAGGAGGGAAGAAGAAGAAGAAGAAAAAGAAGAAGAAGAAGAAGAAGAAGAGAUGGAAGAGGAGCAACCUUAUGGAGGAGGACGCGACGUUUCCGCGCGGGGCAAGCGCGUCCAGUCACGUUAUUUGCCCCUUUAG